GGAGGCUACUGGAGGUUUCUGGAGCUUUGGCGAGAGCUUUCUGGAGCUUUCUGGAGGCGCUGGAACGCUCUCUGGAGAAUUCUAGAGCUUUCUGGAGCUUUCUGGAGGUUUCUGGAGGCGCUGGAACAGGCCCUUUGUUGUGGGCGGCGGACGCUUCGCGAAUUCUCUGGGCGGAAAUUUGAGAGUUGGUUGCUGGGCUGAUAGGGCCUUGGUUGCUGAUGAUAAAUGUUCUAGUUCUCUUCUCAGCGGUAGCAGUACCACGAUAGGUGAGCUGUCAACGUAAUUCAUGUCAUUCAUGUCCGGGUAGUCCAUCAGUCUUCUAUAAUCUAAGUUCAAGUUGGUGCAGUCACCGUGGGAUAAUCUGAAUCCAAAUCCAGACCGAUGUUGAUAUUGAUAUCGAAGCUCAAGCUGUUCUAGUUCUGUCCGUCACGAUUCAAACUCAUAAGUUUACAAGCAAUGGCAUCCAGUGGAGAAGACAAACCACCAUCAGAGUCAAUGGAUCAGACUCAAGAUACUACAAAAAGGCAGCGGACGACGAGCCAGGGCAGCGGCAGCGGCGCGGGCCGGGCGCGAUCCACCUCGCCGGCCGGGUUCCUCCUGCCGGGCGUGGCCGCCUCGCCGCCCCGCUUUGUCUCCCUCGAGGAGGUGAUGCGAGCCGCCAAUGGCGUCAGCAACAUGGCGCUGGCGCACGAGAUCGCCGUCGACCACGAUUUCAAGCUGGAGAAGUACAAGGCACCUGAUAACAGUUUGCUGGGACGAGUGAAGGAGAUGACUCACAAAGCUUUCUGGGACAUCCUGAAGCAGCAGCUCGAGUCUGAGCCGCCCGACUUCUCACAGGCGCUCAGUCUAAUGACUGAGGUCAAACAGACGCUGCUGUCGCUGCUGCUUCCCCAGCACACGUCACUGAAGAAGGAGGUAGAGGACAAGCUGGACGAGACGGUCAUCAAGCAGCAGGCAGAGGCCGGCACACUCGACUUUAGCGAGUACUCUGGCUUCGUGUUGUCCAUCAUGUCUCGGAUCUGCGCGCCGGUGCGGGACGAUGCGAUCCGAGAGCUGGGCCAGCGCGCUACUGUAGUCGACGUGUUCAGAGGAAUCAUGGAGACGCUGGAGCUGAUGCGGAUCGACAUGGCCAACUUUGCCAUCCAGCAGGUGCGGCCACACAUCAUCGCCCAGAGUGUCGAGUACGAGAAGAAAAAGUUUGCCGAGUACCUCAGCACCACCAACGACGGUCUGCUGGUGACCCGCCAGUGGCUGGAGCGGAACGUGGUAUAUGACGGCGACCCGGCCACGCGGAUACGGGACACAGUCAACGCCGCCUACCUCGAGUUUCUCGACUGGGACGACAGCACAGAGGUGCCAGAGACUCUGGCAAUGGACUGGCGCCGUCUGACCGAGCUGCGUCUGGAGGCUCAGCAGAUGAUGACGGCCGCUGCCGCCCUGCUGCUCACAUACAGCUCCUGUGGACAGCCUCUGCAGGCGGUCACAGAGUUCCGCAAGACGCUCAAAGACAAACUGAUGGCCAUCCUCGCCGACGCCGACUCUCCCGAGAAGCUGGCUGAACUGCUGCCAAACGUGGCCGCGCAGUGUGUCUCAGAGGUCCGGGCCGGUCUGCAGACGCAGGGCCUGCCAGCGGCGACGGACGAACAGCUGAAACAGAUGGCCGACAUGAUAGAGCAGCUGCGGGACCCCGGCCACGGACUGCGGGCACUGAUCAGACGGCGUGUUCGCGAGUUCCUGUCGACCAUCAUCGGCUCCACCACGGCCACGCCGAUGAAGGUGCCGCCCGGCCUCUCGUCCACCUCUGCCGAGCUGGCUCGUGUCGGCGGGCAGCUGCUGCGUAUCGUCUCACACAACCGAGCGGUGUUCGGUGCCCACUAUACGGAGAUCCUGGAGGGAGCCAUGCCCCGGCUGGACGCCAACCGAGCCGCCGGGGAGGCGGUGGGGGAGGCGACGCUGCCGCCGCAGCCGGGACCCGCCAACUGAAGGGGUCUCGAUUUUUGUGUGUGUAUGUGGGUGCAGGGGGUAUGAGGCCUCUGGUAGUACACCUUCCGCCGACGCAGGCCUGUCUACCCGGCUCGGAAAGGAGCAGACGGACGUGACCCGUGGUCAGCAAUGUGACGAACUAGUGACGAAAGAGCUGAACUGCUAACCUACUGGAGAAUCUGCUGCUUAAGUCCAAAGGAAAUGUGUAUGUGGGACUGGUGGGUGCGCUGACGUUGCGGUGAGGGUCGCCGUCACAGUCUGGCCUGUGAUAACCUGUUGUGAAUGUGCUGGACAUAGUGUCGAGACCGCCGGUGUACCGGAUAUUUCUUGUGGUGAGGACGCCCGUUGCAGCUGUGAUAGGAUAGCGACCCUGUCUGUGAGCCUGAGAACCUGCGAGCUCUCUGCAGUGCAGAGAUUUAGUCAUGGCAUAGAAGGACCCACCAUAUGGAUUGACGAUUGCACUAAAUUGAUUUUUAUGGCAAUUAUGUUGCAAAUUUUAUAUUUCUAUGCAGACGUUUGUAACGGCUACUUUCGCGCACGCGAUUUGUUCCCAUUGGAAGACAGUACGUGAUUAAGUCAAUGCACACAAAGCAUGAGACAAGCGCUCGCGAGGCAGCGCUGUUAAAUUGCUGAGCAGCCGUAUAUGGUGCGCUCAAAGGUCUUCUCGCCUGUAUUACGUCAUGACUUGUCAUGACAUGCUAACCAUCUCGAUGUACUGCUACCGUGUUCAGCGAUAUUUUGGCCCUCCAAUGUUUGUAAAUGGUUUCAUAAUUAAAAAUUUGUCCCAACUUAUUGAGCCAUAUUUUAAUCCAUUUCGUUUCACCUUUCCUUUGAUGUGUUACCGUUCCAGACUCAUAACAAUGUAUUAUUUUCAUAAUAACUUAUUAACAUUCGUCGUAAUACCUCAUUACACACUAUACGCACCUGAAUCGUUAUUGUCAGUGGAUUUGAUAGGUUUCGUGGCUGUUAUGAAUUAAUUAAUAAGGUAUCUAACCUUUCAGGUCGUAAAUACAACCAAAGAUAAUUUGGCUCUUGGGUUUGUCUCGACGAGCAAAUUUCAGUAACGCGACUCUGACCAUGCACUUUGUUUUCAUGCAAUAUACACUAAACGGUA